AUGGUCUUUGGGCGCAAGUUUCGGCUCCAAACCGAUCAUGCACCGUUACUUCGUAUAUUCGGCUCGAAAAAGGGCAUUCCCGUGUACACCGCCAACAGAUUGCAACGGUGGGCCCUGACGCUGCUUAUGUAUGAUUUUACCAUCGAAUACGUGGCCACGGAGAAGUUCGGUCACGUGGAUGUGUUAUCUCGCCUCAUCAACCAACACGUUCGAUUGGAUGAGGAUUACGUCAUCGCUUCUAUAUCGCUUGAGGAUGAUGUCAGGUUAGUUGCUUUCGAUUCCUUUCGAUUCGAAGUUCAGCAAAGUACAGAGAACGAUCCGGUUCUCAGUAAGGUGGUUCAGUACAUUCACCAGGGCUGGCCAUCCAAGCAGACCGUGGCAUCCAAUCCUGAGCUGCAGCAAUUCUACAACCGACGGGAAUCUCUCACUACUGUACAGGGAUGCGCACUUUUCGGUGAGAGACUAGUUAUUCCGUCUCGUCUACGAAAACGUUGUCUGGAUCAGUUACAUACUGGCCACCCGGGAAUCGGAAGAAUGAAGGCCAUUGCCCGAAGCUACGUGUACUGGCCUGCGAUUGAUGCUGAAGUCGAAAAGGCCGUUAAGGCGUGCACACAGUGCGCGCUUGCUGCAAAGACAUCCCCUCGAGUCGCACCUGUACCUUGGCCAAAACCACAACGGGCAUGGGAACGGGUCCAUGUGGACUACGCCGGACCGCUCGAUGGAGACUGUUUUUUACUGGUAGUGGACUCCUUCACCAAGUGGCCCGAAAUAGUGCAAACAAGCCACAUCACAACCACAGCAACUAUCAAGAUUCUGCGAAGCCUUUUCGCACGCAUGGGGAUGCCAGAGCUGCUAGUAUCCGAUAUUGGCACACAGUUCACCAGUGCCAUGUUCGGAAAAUUUUGCAGUAUGAACGGCAUUGAACACACCACUACGGCACCGUUUCACCCGCAGUCGAACGGGCAGGCGGAACGGUUUGUCGAUACCUUCAAAAGAGGUAUCAAGAAAAUUCGAGAAGGGGAAGGUCCGAUUCAGGAAGCACUGGACCUGUUUCUCUUGAAGUACCGAAGCACUCCAAAUCCGGCAGUCGUGGGUGGAGUAUCGCCAUCAGAAGCAAUGUUUGGACGUCGAAUCCGAACCAACCUCGAACUGUUGCGGCCACCAACAGAUCGUCAGCAAGCAGAACAAGAAGAAGACCAGCAGAAACCCCGAAGCUUCAACAAGAAAGAUCCAGUGUAUGUAAAGGUUUACAACCGGAACUCGUGGUCAUGGGUUCCUGGUACCAUUGUAGAACAAAUUGGAGGAGUGAUGUAUAAUGUGCGCACCGAAAAACGUCGUUUAGUGCGGUCACACGUUAAUCAGCUAAGAAAACGGUUACCGAGUGCUGAAUCUUUUGAAGAAACGUCGGGUUUGCCAUCAAAUCCGCUCCCUUUGGAUGUUUUGUUAAGCGCUUGGAACUCACCGAGCACAUCUGUUUUACCAUCAUCGGCUACGUUUUCCCCCUGUGUCUCCAGCAUUGACGAUUCCGUCCAUAUCACCACUACGAUCAUCGGUUCCUGCUAG